ACAACAUAAUAAACACGGGGAAGUUGAGGAAGUAGUGAAACCUGCAACAGCAGCAAAUUGUGGUUUCACUAUUAAGCAAGUUCUUCUGAGGAUAGUCAUCAGCUUGUUGAUACAUCUGUUAGCAUUUGGAAAUCGCCACAGCCAUAAAAUAGUGACCAUGCUUGGCUGUAGUUUCCUUGGAGUAUCUCUGGUGCUGUUUCUCUCUCCCAUGGUGGCUCUGGAGCCCUGCGCCUCUGGAGGAAUACCUGGUAUGCCGGGCAUCCCUGGGCUUCCUGGGCAUGAUGGCAGGGAUGGGCAGAAGGGGGAGAAGGGGAACCCAGGAAUGUUGACGGCACCAGGGCGUGAAGUGGGAGGCAAGGGGCAGAAAGGCGAGGAUGGCGUUAAAGGGAAACCCGGAAAGAUCGGUAGGAGCGGAGUACCGGGCCCCCCUGGAGGAAACGGUCCAGCUGGACAGCCGGGGGACCCAGGAGAGUCCGAAAAUGCAAAUGUUGUGUCUGCCUUCAGUAUGCGGCGUGCCAGUCAUAUCACGCCUGACAGAGGCACUCCAGUGCGCUUCAUCACGACUAUCACCAACAUCAACGAACACUACGACACUGCCUCAGGCAAAUUUGUUUGUCACAUUCCAGGCACUUACUAUUUCGUGUAUCACGCAUCGUCAUCUGGUAAGAAUCUUUGUGCCAGCAUUAGGCUUGAUGGGCAAAGCUUGGCAGCCUUUUGUGAUCAUAUGGUAAGCGGUAACAACCAGCAGGUCAGUUCAGGUGGACUGGCUGUGUAUGUCAAGAAAGGGCAGCAGGUAUGGCUGGAAACUGAUGUGAACAAUGGCAUGUAUGCAUCGGGGCAAAGUGGGGGAAGAAGGGGGAAGGGAGACAGUGUGUUUUCAGGCUUCUUGGUCUACGCACACUCUCAUUUUCAGGUUUGCCCAUUCAGGCUGUGUGUGACUGCAGCAGUGACUGCAAGCAUCCUGUUAUAUUUUGUGGCUCCGUCUGUGGCAGACACAUGCAGUAGUUACAGGGGGUAUCCAGGUGUGCCUGGCACCCCCGGGACUCACGGGAGUCCUGGAAACUCUGGACCGAGGGGAGAGAAGGGUGAUCCCGGGGAGAUUGACCCCUGGUUGAAAGGCCAGAAGGGUGAUAUGGGUCCUCUGGGACCCCCGGGCAGACCAGGCACGUCGGGGGAUCCAGGGGUUCCAGGCCCGGAUGGCCCAAACGGGAGAAAAGGGGAGAAGGGGAGUCCUACAAGUAGCACUGUGACCUUCUUCUCACGCAAGAAAUCGCCAGGGAGAACUCCGGGUAACCUACCCGUUCGCUUUGAGGCUACCUACAUUCCUCUUACCCCACAGCAGACUGGAUUGGCACUAGAGGAAGGUGUGUUUAGAUGCAGCAUGAAAGGAGUCUACUACUUCACCUAUCAUGUGACUUCUUCUCAGUACAUCUGUCUGAAUAUUGUAAAGAUGGAGAAGGGGAAGGACGCGGAGGAGGCAGAGACUGUGUUGAACUUGUGUGAUAGCUCGACAGCUUUUUUGGUAACCUCAGGGUCUGUAGUUCUGGAACUGAAUGAAGGUGACGAGGUCUCUUUACAACCCACUGAUAAUUACAAAAUAGAAGGAAGGGAUUCUGCUGAGAGCACUUUUUCAGGAUUUCGGAUUUUCUAAACUUGCUACUUUGAAACAAACCUGAAAAUGAAUUGUAGAAUGAGGUGAAAGGUUUGAGGAUUAUUUACAAAUAGUUGGAAAAUGAUUGUACAACUGUGUAAAACAUUGCACAUGGGAUGGAUAUUUGAUUUAAAAUCAUGAUGUGAUGUUAAUGGGACUACUAUUCUCUCUGCUGUUCUAAUCAUGUCUACAAAGAUCUUGCUGUAUCUAAACUUCUUGCAAUAAAUCAUUCAGAAGCA